UCUCGGCCUCUCUCGCGCCAUUUCUUGCUAUCUCCCGCCUUCACGUCAUCCCCCCUUCCUCCUCCUGCCUCAGCUUGGAUUGGGUGUCUGAGACUCUCGUUUCGUUUACUCUCAGUUGUAUUGUCGCCGCAGACGAUCAGAGUUUGUUGGGUUUUCUCUUAUUGCAGCAACGAACGCAUUUACACGAGUGGAAGAGAGCGCGAGAGGUCGAGUAAGGGAUCGACCUACAGAAAUUCAAGACAAUGUGUAAAACAUUUUUAUAAGUUGAGGGGAUUUUGGUGUUCUCGCCGUCGUGCUGGGAGAACUGACAGCCGAUGUGAAUUAAGGAGCAGUACUGAUAUUGUAGUUCUCCGACCCUGCUAGACUCUAUGAUGGCGUCUUAUCCUUGUGUUGCCUGGUGUUGAAGGAGUUUAGAGCUCCUGUGUCGUAGUGUUCUGUGCUGUUGGGGCUCGCAAGAUACAGCACAAUGUCUUCCAUAGAUGGGAUCUUGCAGAAGCAAUCUCCUGUUUUUGAAGACAGUGAAAUGGCUGACCGAGGAAUGUUGGGUUUCAGAAGUAGAAAGCCCAACUUUUCCAGUGUUAAGCCUGUGGGUAAUAAUGGAGUCGUUGGUUUCCGUAAGCGAGAGAAUGACACACCAGCGGAUGUGUAUCUUGCUUCCCUAGAGGAAGCCCCUGCUCAGCUUCCUAAGAAAUAUGCUCUGUUGGAAUCCUUAUACGAUGACUUGGAAGCGGCCAUUAGUUUUCUCGACAUUCGUCGACAACUCUGCUCUUUCCAGGCUGUCUGUUCCACGAUCGAAGCCAACACGAAGAGGUGCUUUCUGCAGAGGCGUUUGGCGCAGAUUAAGCAUAUUCUUCCCGAAGCCAUUGACCUUGAAUAUGUGCACCCACACGAACAAAAUUCUCACAACAAGAAAUAUGAGAUGAAGAUCUCUCUGCUGCCACUACCUGCCGAAGCAGAGGUCCUACCAAGUACAUUAGGGUGCUCUACCAAGAAACCUAAAAUUGAGGCUGUGCAGCGAAGACGUGUAUUUCGUGUCCGAUUAUCGAAAUUCGCCUCCAUUCAUUCUGAGGAGGAUGAUGUGCCCGAACACCCGUUGCCUCAACUUAUAUUCAGUGAAAACUCAGCUUCAAAGGGGGCCUACUCUGUAAUGCCUGCUGUGACUACAUGCAUUGCCAUGAGAAUUAACACUGCUCCACAUAGGGUGAAGCUGUCGGACUCGGAAAUACUAUUAGCUAGCUCUAUGCACUUCUCGAAACCCUUCAAACCCAGUUUCUCUAUUAAGUCAGUCAAACCGGCUGGCUCUUUUAUUUCUAAUGAGAGGCUUGCAGAGGUCUCGUCAGCAUGUUCAAGAUUGUCGAGUAAUGUCCUCCCGAUGCCCAUCAACAGGACAACCCACAGAGAUGUCCAUAAUGGGGCGGAGUUGCCGCUGGGAACAUCGCAUUUCACGCCUUCUUUCAGACCUUUCUUCUCCAUUUCACGUAGCCUAUCAGAAACUGUGUCAGCCAGUGAGGAUUGUGCCAAUGUCGCCCUCGCUACCGACGCUCCUAGCUCGUCGGUGGAACUCGAACCAGUUAAAUGUCAUCAUGUUCUCCCAGAGGAGGAGCUUGAGAUCGUGCAACCUGAAGAGCUCCAAACACCAAUAAAACCUGUCCAGACAUUUCGAACCCCUCAACGGUCCUCAACGGCCGUGUACAAGAGUGCCAAAAAGCGACCUCAUUUCUCUAUCGUGAACCAGAGUUCAUAUGCUUCAAAUAGUCUUUUCAGCACACCAGCAAAGCCUUCCAUGCGCGAGGAGGUCUCUGUUGAGUGGGAUUUAAGAGCACCAGCACGGACGUCAAAUGCCGUCGAUCAAUGUUCCCUGAUCGAGGGGGAAUGCGAUGGACUCAAGACUCCAGUGAAGUCUUCUAGGACUUCGAUGAAGUCGUCCAAGUAUUGUUACACUCCUGGCACUCCGCUUAAAUCUGAACGUGGAGACGGUUCUGUUUAUGUUUCCUACCAUGCUGACCAAGAAGAAUUCCAGUCGCCUGAUGCUGCGCCCAUGAAGCAUGCUUCCUCUGUACGAUCCCUGAAGUUCAACUCCCCUGAGGAUGACUCAAAAAUUUCAGCUGUAACUGGAUCCCUGAAGGCAGCUCUGUUCACUUCGCCUUGUCCCAGCGAGCCUUACAUGGAUGUCCCUUCCACUCCUGUGAUUCCAUCCAGGGCAUUAAAAUUCGGGAGAAAGGUUGCGAUAAAACAUACAAAACUGAACUUAGGACCUUUAUUUGGCUCGGGCUUGUGAAGACGUGACAGGUUCAAUUUGAAAAGUGCUGCUUCUCCGAGCAAGCCAUUGGUGAUCGAUUCUAGCCGAACUUAUGCCACACCCGAGGUCUUGUACCACAUAAAGAUUACCGACAGGAGAGAUGUGCAUGAGCGACUGAGGAGGCCUCCGUAGGUAUAUCACUAAUUGGAUACCCGCCAAAGAAAUUUUAUCAUCCUGGUGAUGAGGGUCUCUCUCUCCCCUCGUCCCAUUGGCCUUGGGGAUCUUCCAUUUCAUGUCGCGUGAGAAGAAGAUUGUGCGAGAUUAGUAUUAACCGGUACCGCUUUCAAGUUAGUGGGAGUUAGGUUGUACAAUUAUAUCAAUUAUUUUUGUAAAUCAGGUUUGAUCUCCAAACUUGUCGAAGCACUUGUGCCUCAAGAUUGUAUAGCAGAUUGUCUAAUGACAAACAAUCAAUGUCAUGACAAAUAUCAACACACCAAACAAAGUUUGGCUCAAGUUUUAAGCCAUUUAAUUUGA